AUGCAAGAUUUGAAACUAUCAGGGUAUUCAAUUGAAGAAAUUAAAAAUACACUUAGUCUGACAGAUUCACAUAUGAAACAACUCAAUGAUUACAAUGACACAACUGAACAAGUUCUUCCUAUGUCUAUGGAAGAGGAGUAUCCACCUCAAACUGAGACACAAGAUGGGGCUGAAGAAAUUAUCCCUGAGACACAACCAGAAAGUGAAGAAGAAGAAGAAGAAGAAGGCAUUAAUGACACCCAUGAAUUACCAAUACACCUUAGGAUUGUGAAAAGAAGAAGGCCCUCUGAGAGGAUUGUUAAAACCAAGCUGAAGAAGAUGGGAUGUGUUGGGACUUCUGCAAAUUCAGCAUUGGAGUUGGGUUAG